AUGCAAGUAGCUCAUGAACUGCGCCGCCCGAAAAACGAUUUUGCAACUCCCCCUCCUGGAGUCCGUCGUGAGGUAGUUGCCCAGGCCGUUGUCCCUGUCGUCGCCGGUGAGCUUGCAUAUUUUGUUGCUCUUCCAGUUGGUGCCGCAUUUGUCUGCCAAAUUGGUAAGCGCCUCGUGCGUCAUCGGGAUCAAGCUGAGAAAGACCUUGGCGUACUUGUCGGCGUCAGCCUCCCGGCACUCCGCGCCCGAGUAAGUGGAGAUGUACGCACCGCCGAACUCACCGGCGAAGGCACUGAGUCCCCUGCUCACGGAGUCCAGCGUGGGAGUGGAGGGCUUCUGGAAGCCCUGCGGCCUCAGCUGUGUGAGCGCGUCGGUGAGGUUGUGGAGCAGGCCUCGCAGCCUGUCGUCGAAGCCCUGCGUCACGCAGAGCCCCUUGAAGCCCUGGAAGAGAUCCCUGUUUAUCUCGCCGGGCAGAGUCUCCAGCUCCUCGGCCACCUUGGCGGCGAAGUGUUUCAGCGCGUCCUUCGCGGACUCCACGUACUGCCGCCGCGCCUGCUUGCUGAGCUCCGCGAUUGCCUUUUCAAUCUCACUGUCUACGAAGCGUUCAAUGUUUUCUACUUUCUCCCAUUUUAUGUAAUCGGCGUCGGUGAGGAACUUGUCGCACAUGGCGAUGGCCGCCUGGAGGUCACCGGUGCGGAGGGUGUCAAUUUGUGUCUUGAUUUUUUCGAGUGCUUUGUCAAUAUUUUCUGUUUCGAAAAGCUUCAACUUCCAAUCCACACUACCGGCUUCGCUCGCAAUCUUGGCGCACAGCUCAUUGAGCUUACUGGUCACAAUGGGAACCUGAGUGUUUUUGACAUCGUUGAUUUCUUUCUUGAUUUUUCUGAGGCUAUUAGGAUCGUCAUCAUUUGUUCCAAUCUCCUUUAUCAUGAAUUCCAUAUUCUUUAUCACGCCUCUUUUUUCUGCAUUUUCGCCUUCCUCACCCAGCAACUCACUCCUCAGAUCGUCAAGCUCCUUGGUGAUCUGGUCGACGCCACCGCCGAUUGCCGGAUGCUGUUUGGUCAAUGUGUCUUGUUGAUUGCUGAGGUCACUAAUAAUUGCGUCAAGGCCUUUUUCAUUCUUUUUGUUAACGAUCCAAUCCGCAUCUUCACUCAUCCCUUUGUCCUUCAAAUCUUCCAGUGUGUUGAUGACAUCUUUGUCCAGCGUGCUCCUAUGCACGCCAAGUUCCACUUUAAUUGCUGA